AUGCCGUCCGACGAACCGAAACCAGGCGGGAGCGCCUCUCCUGUCGCGAGGGAGAAGCUUGAAGCCCAGAUCAAGAGUGCCGACAUGACCGAUGAUAUGCAACAAGAGGCCAUCGAAGUGGCUCAGGAAGCCAUGGCCAAGUUUAGCAUUGAGAGGGACAUUGCGCAGCACAUCAAGAAGACGUUCGACGAGCGAAAGGGUCCUACCUGGCAUUGCAUUGUGGGCCGCAAUUUUGGCAGCUUCGUGACGCAUGAGACGAAGCACUUUAUCUACUUUUACCUCGGCCACUGCGCCAUCCUGCUGUUCAAGACACAGUAG